GUGGGCGGGGCGGAGUCGGGUCGCUAGUUGUCCCGGGGUCCUCCCCACAGGCCGCGGGGCCUGGCGGACUUAGUGGGGUGGCCUCGGGCCCGGCAGCGGCUGUGGAGCCUGGCGCCGAGCGGGGGGCCUUCUCAAGGCCCCGGGACGCGUCUGUGGGUUCCGGGGGGCAUCUACGGGGCGUCCCCGUGAGGACUCGGGAUGUCCACCGGGCCUGGACCGAGACUGGAGCCUGCCCUCCAUCACAUAGCUGGCCUGGGUCAUAUCUGUAGACACUGUUGAUCGCCUAUACGAGCUGACCCGAAGCUAGGGUCUGUUUAUAGGGUUCUGGGGCCAUCUUGCGAUCUUGAGAUAUGUCCCAGGGUGAAGGAGGUCUGCAAGAGCUGAGGAGUAUCUGCAGAGCCAUCCAAAGCGCCCGGGGUGACCAUGGAGGAAGAAGAUGAGUCUCGUGGGAAGACAGAGGAGUCGGGCGAGGAUCUGGGAGAUGGGCCGCCUGACAGAGACCCCACGCUUUCUCCUUCUGCCUUUAUCCUGCGGGCCAUUCAGCAGGCUGUGGGAAGUUCCCUGCCGGGGGACCUGCCAAACGAUAAAGAUGGCUCCCGGUGUCACGGCCUUCGGUGGAGGGGCUGCCGGAGCCCACGGUCAGAGCCCCGUUCCCAGGAGUCAGGGGGGACCGACACGGCUACUGUGUUGGACAUGGCCGCAGACAGCUUCCUUGCGGGGUUGGUGAGCGUUCUGGACCCCCCAGAUACCUGGGUCCCCAGCCACCUGGACCUGCGGCCUGGCGAAAGCGAGGACAUGCUGGAGCUGGUGGCCGAGGUCCGAAUUGGGGACAGGGAUCCGAUCCCUCUGCCAGUGCCUAGCCUGCUGCCCCGUCUCAGGGCCUGGAGGACAGGCAAAACGGUGUCUCCACAGUCUCACUCUUCACGACCCUCCUGUGCCCGUCACCUCCUCACCUUGGGCACUGGAGACGGGGGCCCUGCCCCACCCCCUGCCCCGUCCUCUGCAUCCUCCUCUCCCUCCCCUUCUCCCUCCUCUUCCUCUCCUUCCCCUCCCCCACCUCCCCCUCCUCCAGCCCCCCCAGCCCCACCUGCCCCCCGGUUCGACAUCUAUGACCCCUUCCACCCCACCGACGAGGCCUAUUCCCCACCACCUGCUCCGGAGCAGAAGUACGACCCCUUCGAGCCCACUGGCUCCAACCCCAGCUCAUCAGCCGGGACCCCAUCACCUGAGGAGGAGGAGGAGGAGGAGGAGGAAGAGGAAGAAGAGGAGGAAGAGGAAGAGGAGGAGGAAGCCUUGUCUCAAAGCAUCAGCCGCAUCUCAGAGACCCUGGCGGGCAUCUACGAUGACAACAGUCUGAGCCAGGACUUCCCAGGUGACGAGAGCCCGCGCCCGGACCCCCAGCCCCCACAGCCAACUCCGGCCCCAGGAACGCCGCCGCAGGUAGACUCCACCCGGGUCGAUGGAGCUACCCGCCGUCGCGUCUUCGUGGUGGGGACCGAGGCGGAGGCCUGUCGGGAAGGCAAGGUCUCGGUGGAGGUGGUGACGGCCGGCGGGGCCACCAUCCCGCCGACCCUGCUGCCGCCGGGCGACUCUGAGAUCGAGGAGGGCGAGAUCGUCCAGCCGGAGGAGGAGCCCAGGGUGGCGGUCUCGCUCUUCCGGGGCAGGGCGGCCCGGCCCCCUCCUGCAGCUUCGGCGCCCCCCGCGGCCCAGCCCCCGCCCCCGCCCCCUCGGCACCGCGGUAAGCACCGAGACGGCGGCGGCGGUGGCAAGAAGAAGAAGAAGCGGUCGCGGUCCCGGGGCGAGAAGCGGUCUGGGGACAGCGAGAAGGCCCCGGUGCCCACCCAGCCGCCCUCCGGCUCCAGCUCCCUGGGCGGAGAGCGUGACAGUCGCCGCCGGGGGGCAGUGCCGCCCUCCAUCCAGGACCUCACGGACCACGAUCUCUUUGCCAUCAAGCGGACCAUCACCGUGGGCCGGCCCGACAAGUCUGACCCCCGAGGCCCCUCGCCGGCCCCGGCCUCGUCGCCCAAACGCGAGGUCCUGUACGACUCAGAGGGACUGAGCGCCGAGGAGCGCGGAGGCAAGAGCGGCGAGAAGGACCGGCGCCGCUCCGGGGCCGCCUCUUCUUCCUCUUCCUCCCGGGAGAAGGGAUCACGGCGAAAGACGCUGGAUGGGGGGGAUCGGGACCGGGACAGGGACAGAGAUAGGGACAGGGACAGGUCAUCUAAGAAGGUUCGGCCUCCCAAGGAGUCGGCGCCCUCCUCGGGGCCCCCGCUAAAGCCCCCGGUCAGCAGCGGCUCAGGCUCUUCGUCCUCGUCGUGCUCCUCCUCCUCCCGGAAGGUGAAGCUGCAGUCCAAGGUGGCGGUGCUGAUCCGCGAGGGCGUCAGCAGCACCACGCCGGCCAAGGAGGCCGCAUCUGCCGGCCUGGGCUCCAUCGGAGUCAAGUUCAGCCGAGACCGGGAGAGCCGCUCCCCCUUCCUCAAGCCCGAUGAGCGGGCCCCUGCAGAGGUGGCCAAAGCAGCUCCGGGCAGCACCAAGCCCAAAAAGACCAAGGUCAAGGCCAAGGCUGGGGCCAAGAAAGCCAAGGGGACCAAGGGAAAGACCAAGCCCUCCAAGACCAGGAAAAAGAUCCGCAGCGGGGGCAGUGGUGGGGGCAGCAGCGGCCCCGUGACGCUGAAGAAGUCCAAGGCGGAUAGCUGCAGCCAGGCGGCGGGGAACAAGGGUGUAGAGGAGACUUCGUGGUCCGGGGAAGAGCGGGCAGCCAAGGCUCCUAGCACCCCGCCCCCUAAGGCAGCCCCUCCCCCACCUGCGCUCACCCCGGACUCCCAGACCGUGGACAGCAGCUGUAAGACCCCCGAGGUCUCCUUCCUUCCUGAGGAGGCUGCCGAGGAGGCUGGGGUCCGAGGAGGUGCUGAGGAGGAGGAGGAGGAGGAAGAGGAGGAGGAGGAGGAGGAGGAGGAGGAAGAAGAGCAGCAGCCUGCCACCACCACGGCCACCAGCACCGCCGCGGCUGCCCCGAGCACAGCCCCUAGUGCAGGGUCCACAGCCGGUGACUCGGGGGCCGAGGAUGGCCCAACUACCCGUGUCUCGCAGCUGCCCACGCUGCCCCCACCCAUGCCCUGGAACCUGCCUGCUGGGGUGGAUUGCACCACCAGCGGUGUCCUGGCCUUGACUGCACUUCUCUUCAAGAUGGAGGAAGCCAAUCUGGCGAGCCGAGCAAAGGCCCAGGAGCUGAUCCAGGCCACCAACCAGAUCCUCAGCCACCGAAAGCCACCCUCCAGUCUGGGGGUGACACCAGCUCCUGUGCCCACCUCUCUGGGUCUGCCCCCUGGCCCCUCCAGCUACCUGCUCCCGGGCAGCCUCCCCCUGGCGGGCUGCGGCUCUACCCCUCCCACCCCCACUGGUCUGGCUGCGGCAUCUGACAAGCGAGAGGGCAGCAGCAGCUCCGAGGGACGCGGGGACACAGACAAGUAUCUGAAGAAGCUGCACACGCAGGAGCGGGCGGUGGAAGAGGUGAAGCUGGCCAUCAAGCCGUACUACCAGAAGAAGGACAUCACCAAGGAGGAAUACAAGGACAUCCUGAGGAAGGCUGUCCACAAGAUCUGCCACAGCAAAAGUGGGGAGAUCAACCCAGUGAAGGUGAGCAACUUGGUGCGGGCCUACGUCCAACGCUACCGCUACUUCCGCAAGCACGGCCGCAAGCCAGGGGACCCCCCAGGGCCCCCGCGGCCACCCAAGGAGCCUGGGCCCCCAGACAAGGGUGGCCCGGGCCUGCCCUUGCCCCCUCUCUGAGACCCUCGGCCACCCCUUCCCUCCUUCGCCUCUUUGGAAUUCUGGACGUAUUUAUGGCUCCACCUCCCCACUUCCCUCCCCCUCCGUCAGUGGGAUGAUAGGGGGAGGGUUGCUGCAGGGAAGAGGAGAGCCCCCUGCCCAGCCCUGUGCCCCUUGCCCCCAAGCCUGUCCCCAUCGCCCCUCCCUUCUGUUUGUGCCCCUUCCCCAAUUUCAUUAAAGGUUUCAUGAAAUGUUAGCCCCGA